AUGGUCAGCACCACCACAGUCACCACGAACAUUCUCAAGGGGUGCACCGCCGGGCCCCCAUGCCGUCGCUCCGCUAUAAUUGUUAUCCGUCCCCUAUCCUUAUCGCGCGCAUGCAGGUUUUUGGAGCACGUUGUCGUGCAGACGCCAGAACGCCACAGACUCUACUUCCCUUGCCAUUCCUGGUUCGGUGAAGCCGAUUGCGGCGGGCGCCGGGGACCGUUGGAGCGUAACCUCUUGCCCGUGGCGCCGGAGGAUGACUUGGCGGCGCAGCCUGUACGGCUCACUGUGUCGGGUGUUGCCGUACCGCACCCCGACAAGGUGAAGCAGGACGGCGCCAAGGGCGUGAACCGCAAAGGAUUUGGGCACGGCGGCGAGGACGCGUAUUUCUACUGUGUGGGGCAGAACAACGCCGUGUUGGGGAUGGGUGUGGCGGAUGGCGUGUAUAUGUGGCGCGAGCGCGGCAUCGAUUCGGGUGACUUCUCCCGCGCAUUGAUGCGGUUGGCGAGGGACAGCGUGAUGGCGGGGAACGUGGACGUGGUGCGUGUGAUGCAGGACGCCGUGAGCGGCGCGCUGGCGGCUGGGGUGCAGGGCUCCAGCACUGCCUGCAUCGUGUUGGUGAAUCAGGACACGGGACAGCUGUUCGCCGCCAACCUGGGGGACAGCGGCUGCCUGUUGCUGCGGCCCGCGGCCAACGAUGACCCCCACGCGCACGCGCAACUUGAACAUGAUUUUGGACGGCCGUACCAGCUUGGACAUCACCCGGCGGCUGACUCGGUGGAGAUGUGCCACGUCGCGACGCAGUCUGUACGGCCGGGUGACGUACUCGUCCUGGGCACGGACGGGUUGUACGAUAACUUGUCGGACGUGGAGAUUGCUGACGAGGUGGGGGCGUGCCGGGCGCGUGGGCUUGGGUCGAUGGUCAUCGCGCAGCGUCUGGCGCGGCUGGCGUUCGAAGCUUCAUACGACAAGUACCGGAGCACGCCGUACGCAGCUUCUGCUUCAGAGCACUUUGACAUGGUGUACAGCGGUGGCAAGCCGGACGAUAUCACCGUUCUCUGUGCGGUUGCGGUGUGA